UGGCAACGUUGAACACACGUUCUAAUGGCUGCUUGCUGACACAUUCGCCGUUAGUAGUGAAAUUACCGAUUUUUUGAUAAUUUACCUGACUGUCAUCAAGCUUAUCCGAGAGAAAUGCCGGUUGCCGACAACGAAGUGAAAUCCAGCUGGGCCGAUGAUGUUGAGGAUAUCGAUGGACUCGGUUUACCUCCAAACACUGAAGAAUACAAAAAUGGCAUGAAAAUUGUCACAGAGUAUGGCAUCGAUGAUGAUGGGAGAAAGUUCAAAGUGGUUCGUCACUACAAGAUUGAGAAGAGACAGGUUGCCAAAGCUAUUGCCCAGCGUAAAAGCUGGCCAAAAUUUGGCCUCUCAAAGGAAGACAAACCUGGACCAAACCCUGCUACCACAAUUGUAUCAGAAGAUGUGUCCAUGCAGUUUAUUACAAACAAAGAAGACCCAGAUAAUAAGGAAGAUGACCCACUCAUGAAAUUGAAAAGCAUGCAGAAAGGUAUUGUUAAAUGCCGUAUCUGUAAAGAAGACCAUUGGACUACACAGUGUCCUUACAAGGACACACUUUUGCCUGUUCAGGAAGCACUUAACAAGGCUGAAGAAAAGAAAGUUGGUCCUCCACCGGCUGCUGCUGCACCUGGUGGUCCACAAGCAAAGGGUGGUAAAGAAGGAAGCGCUUACGUAGCACCAGCCCUUCGUGACGGAGGCAACAGAAAAGGAGAAACAAUGGCCAUGGGGCGACGAACUGAUGAGGGUUGCACAGUACGAGUGACGAACCUGUCAGAAAACGCACGCGAUUCCGAUCUUCAAGAACUGUUCGGACGUAUUGGCGAAAUCUCACGUAUUUUCCUCUCGAAGGACAAGAACACCGGUCAAUCCAGGGGCUUCGCAUUCGUUAGCUACAAACGGAAAGAAGACGCUGAACGAGCCAUCAAGACUCUUAAUGGCUUCGGUUACGACCAUCUUAUCCUGACUGUCGAAUGGUCCAAGCCGUCAGGAACACAAUGAAAAAAUUUCUGUAACUCCUUUCCAAGAAUUGGAUACAUCAAUCAUUUAAAAGGGUUAAAAAAAUACACGAAAAUGGAUUCCGA